CGCGGCUCGCAGCCGUCUCGCACCUGCCUCGCCUGGCUCGUACGACAUUUCUCCGUCGCGCUCGCACCAGUGGCACGUAAAAAUAACCUCAAAACGCUGAUCGCGAACAACCUAUCAUCAAAAUAUUGUCUUCCAGAGGAUUUUUCACAGUGACGUGCUCAUACAAUAACACAAUAACAGUGCUUCGGAUGUGAUAAACCCAGAACAGCUUUUGGAUUUCCUCCCGUAGUGGUGCUCUGUAGUGAUAUCAUCAAAAUCGAAAGUUUCCAAAGGACGACCGUCCGUUUUGGUGGGCUGUCCGAUGACAGCCCCCAAAUUUUGUGCCAGUAUGUGGUGGUGUAUAUUAAUAUGUGUUUUGAAUGUCAAAAUAUUUGGAGUUAACGCUUCGAAUGUCAAAUAUCAACUGCGAAUUGUCCCAGCAUCAGAGAAUAACAUAUGCUCGUCCAAACAAUUUCAAUGCGCGAACGGGAAGUGUAUACCGCUGUCAUGGGUGUGCGAGGGAGACGACGACUGUGGCGAUAAUUCGGACGAGAACAUAGAGCAAUGCAAAAAAGAAAGUCGGACCUGCACAUCAUCAGAGUUCCGCUGCAAGACAGGACGAUGUGUGCCGAUGUCAUGGCGUUGCGACAACGAGAAGGACUGUCCAGAUGGGUCAGACGAAGAACCUGGAACUUGCAAAGUGGAGGCUUGCGGACCUGAGGAGUUCACGUGCCGAGGGAAACAUGGAGAGUGUGUGCCUCUGACGUGGAUGUGCGACGACAAUCCUGACUGCUCGGACGGAUCCGACGAAAAAGCAUGCAAUGAGACGUGCCGCUCGGACGAGUUCACAUGCGGGAAUGGCAAGUGCAUCCAGCAGCGGUGGGUUUGCGACGGCGACGACGACUGUGGCGAUGACAGCGACGAAGCCAAAUGUCCGGCGCCGACUUGCCAGCCGACAACACACUUCUCAUGCGAAGACGGGCAUUGCAUUUCGGCGUGGUGGCGGUGCGACGGCGAUAUAGACUGUCCCGAUGCCAGCGACGAAAAGGGUUGCGCGACCACACCGAAAGUGACAUCACCAUGCAUAUCAUCUGAAUUCGAGUGCAAGGACCGCAUGACGUGCGUCCACAAGGCCUGGGUGUGCGACGGAGACCGGGACUGCCCGGACGGAGGUGACGAGGCUCCCGAGAUAUGCAGAGGGAACAUCACGUGCAGACCAGACCAGUUCCAGUGCAAGGACCACAGCUGUAUACCUGGUGCGCUGUACUGCAACGGCGAUAAGGACUGCCCGGAUGGCAGCGAUGAGUUUAACUGCACGCGCCCGAAACCAGUUUGCGACAAGAAAACGGAGUUCGACUGCGGCGAAGGCAUGUGCAUCCCACUGUCCAAAGUUUGCGACAAGAAACCAGACUGUCCCAACUUCGAGGAUGAGCCGCGGGACAAAUGCGGCGAGAAUGAAUGUGAGAAGAACAACGGAGGAUGCACACAGAGAUGCGUGGACACCCCAGUCGGGUACUACUGUGACUGUGAUAAGGGUUACAAGCUGACGGAUAAUAGGACUUGUGAAGACAUCGACGAAUGCGCAGACCCCGGAGCGUGCUCCCAAAUGUGUAUCAACGAGAAGGGCACAUUCAAAUGCGAGUGCCACGCAGGGUACGCCCGUGACCCCCGCGACAGAACCCGCUGCAAGGCGACCGAAGGCCACCCAUCACUGCUCUUCGCCAGACGCUUCGAUAUUCGCAAGAUCAGUUUGGACCACCACGAAAUGGUUGCUAUAGUCAACGACACAAAAUCGGCGACUGCGCUUGAUUACGUGUUCAGAACGGGAAUGAUAUUCUGGAGCGAUGUCACGGAUGAAAAGAUUUACAAGGCGCCAAUCGACGAAGGCACGCAACGAACGGUGGUCAUCGGAGACCAGCUCAUCACCUCCGACGGGCUGGCAGUGGACUGGAUAUACAACCACCUGUACUGGACUGACACCGGGAAGAACCACAUCGAGCUGUCGGACCUGCAAGGGAACAUGAGGAAGAUCCUGAUCAGGGACAAACUGGAGGAGCCGAGGGCGAUCGCUUUGAAUCCGCUUGAUGGAUGGAUGUACUGGACCGACUGGGGCCAGGUGCCGAAGAUCGAGCGUGCCGGUAUGGACGGGUCUCACAGGCAAACCAUCGUGUCGUACGACGUGAAGUGGCCCAACGGACUCACGUUGGAUCUCGUGCGAAAACGCGUAUACUGGGUGGAUGCUAAAAUGAACACAAUAUCAUCGUGCAACUACGACGGGGCAGCGCGCCGGGUUAUUCUGUAUUCGACAGAUGUGCUUCGCCACCCCUUCUCUAUCACCACAUUUGAAGAUUGGGUGUACUGGACCGACUGGGACAAGACCGCCGUGUACCGAGCCAACAAGUUCAACGGGAAAGAUGUGGAGGCAAUCACUUCUACUCACACGCUCCAAAACCCGAUGGUCAUCCACGUGUACCACCCGUACCGUCAACCAGACGGUGUUAACCACUGCGCAGCCGUCAACGGGCACUGCUCGCAUCUCUGCCUUCCCGCUCCCAGGAUAGGCCCGCACUCGCCUAAAGUCUCCUGCGCAUGCCCCAAUGGCCUCAGGCUGUUACCCGACAACCAGAUGUGCGCCGAAGACAAUGCAAUAGAACAAGAUGUGGAGGUGCAAAAGCAGAAAAUUCGUACAAACGAAAGUAUUGUAGAUCAAGAAAAUUCUGUAACCACCAGUGUUCCCGAAUCGCCCAAGAUUGGUACCGGAAUCUCAAGCAGUGGCCGCGAUGCAGGCUAUGUAGCGGGCAUUGUGGUGGCAGUUAUUUCUGGAGUCAUCAUAUUGGCAGCACUGAUCGCAGUGCUUAUGUACCGGCAUUACGUGCAUCGCAACGUCACUUCUAUGAACUUCGACAAUCCGGUGUACCGCAAGACCACGGAGGACCAGUUCGCCCUAGAGAAGAAUGGCUACGCACCGGGCAGCAAACUGUACCCAAGCACGGUGGGAGAAGAGGCCCAAGAACCACUCAACACACCCGGUACAAAUGACUUUGUAUAGUGUACAAGCCGGCAGCAAAUACAUUAGUGCGUCAUUAAAUGUGAAAAGAAAAAGAAGGACAUGUGAUACUUAAAUAGUGUGAACCAGUGAAUGGGACAUGAGCUAACAUUUUGUAGUAAACUCUAAAAUAGUUAGCAUUAGUGCAAUGGGACGAGUGAUGCUUAUUGGAACCAAGUUCUGUUGGGCUCGCGUUGGAUGGAUCUCAACCGCAAUCAUUGUCAAACUGUAAUACAGUCGACUGCACUAUACAUUUUCAUUGCAAAAUAACACCUAUUGCAUAAGAUGAAGUGCGGUCGAUUGUACCUUGAGAUCGUUUUUGAAAGCUUUUGUACUAUGCGUAUCACAUUUAGACAUUAGGUGGGAAGAGUUUUCUAUGAUUUUCUCUUUAGACUGUGAAUAUAAUAGAAAUUCGAAUAUUUUACAAUAUGCCUGGUGCAUUGUAAUUAUUUAUAAUAGAGUUUACAAUUUUUAUAUUCCAAUUUAGUUAAGGGUAUGAUCGCUUAAUAACCUUUACAGUUAUUACAACCACUUAAUUCAGGCACAAAUACGCAUAUCUACGCAGCUUAUAUUUUAUACAGUGAGAUGUACUUAUUUAGCGAGUUUGCAGUUUAGUUCUCAACUUAAAACUUUGUACUGAAUAUACAUAUUUUGAUAAACUAAAAGACGUACUGGUCACUUCAUUUAUUUCGGAUGUUUUCCUAUAGGUAUAAAUUUAUUUAUUUAUUAGUGAAAUGGAUAAAUGACACACUAAAGAAUAGGCUAAUAAAAUCAAUGCUAUAUGUGCCAAAACUAGUGAAAUAUAAAUGUCGCCAAAUCCAUAGUAAUUGGUACUGACCGAUAGCAAAUCUGUAGCGAUAAAAUUUAAGUCACAUACUAUUUGUUGCCCUGUAUUUAUUUGAAUUAUAUAAAAUUGUUGUUCAUUACUAAGGUUUAAUAUUUAUAUUAUAUUUUAUGUACUGGUUGUGUUUACCAUACAAUAUUGUAAUUAAUAUUUUUAUCAUAGUAAUGAUUAAAUUACCGUGUAUUUGGAAUGUGACUUUGUCGUGCAAAAUCCUGCCAAAUCUCCUAAAAUAAUAUUAACUUGUUUGUAAUGUAAUACGAUUACAUUAAAAUAAAUCUUGAUGCACAUUUCAUACAUGCCUAGCUCAAUAAGUGUGGUCACUAAAAUUAUUGUGUAAAUAUUGUCAGUAAAAUAUAUGUAAAAUGUGUUAA